AUGACUACAGUAUUGGAGGAGGACCCUGCCGCAGGGCUGCUGUCCUCGGAGGACGAGCAGGAUGAAGAGGAGGAGGUUCAGAUUGAAUCUUUGGUACAGGGACGCGCAAAACGAAGCACUGCUGGUCGAAAUAUGGCUGCUCUAAUUGACGCCGCCGCCGAUGAUGACCUAACUCUACUAUUCGAGGAAGUGGAGGAUGAUAAUGAGUUCGCGAUAGAGGAGGCUGCGGAAGAUGAGGACUUGGGCUUAGAUUCUUCAUCAGAUGAUGAUGAUGAUGACCAGGGACCGAAUGCGCAGAACGAAUAUGAGGGGGAACAACAACUGCAGAAGGACGAACGCAAGAAGCGUCGCGCCCAGAACGACCUCCGAUUCCAAACCCUACGAAAGCGCGUCAAGAUCGACCCGACAGCUGUCUCAGCUAUCCCGGCACCUCCACGUCCAAAGAAGAAAUCCGAGCGAAUCUCGUGGCUUCCGACACCAGAAGAUGGACCAACCCGCUCUUCGUCCCGUCGACAGACAAUGGUUAAUAAAGAGAUGACCCAUGCACGUUUGAAGGACAGCCAGGAGAAGCGGGUCCGAAUUAUUGCGACAAUGAAAGAAGCCGAGAAAAGGAAGGCCCAUCUCAAGCCGAAAGAGAUGACACAGGAGGACCAUCUAGCAGAGGCAGAGCGGAUCGAGCGCACCAACAGCAAGAGUUUGAAUCGAUGGGAGCAGGCGGAAAGAAAGAAGGCAGAAGAGAGACGGGCCAGGAUUGAAGCACUUCAGAAUCGUCGACUUGACGGACCGGUGAUGUCCUACUGGAGUGGUCUAGCUACAUGGGUUAACGGUCGUCUCACAAGAGUGGGCAAAGUCGAGAUCAAGCCGAAGCCGGAGAAGGAGGUCGCCAAAAAGAAAAAGACGGAGAAGGAUGAGAAGCCUGCCGAAGUCCAAGGGACUCCAAGUGCUCAACUUCCUCCAAUUGAUCCUUCUGCUCCCUCAACUUCUAAUCCUAUCCCGAACCCCGCCGACGGCUCUGCACCUCCUGCGGAUGCCUCUACGGCUGUUCCUAUCCAACCAACAGACGCGCCGGCGCAGUCUGAAAGCGCUUCAACAUCAGCUGCCGCUAUACCGACAGCAGCCCUUCCGACAACUAUUCCACCUGAUGCAGCCCCAGCGUCUGAUUCACAAUCGUCUAAGGGUACAGCCACUCAGGAUUUGCCAGUGCCAGGAAGCACAACCAGUAUCACACAGACUGAGCAGCCAACUCAACCAGAGGAAAAUCUUCCUGAAAAAGUUAAUCCUGAACAACAGACGACUACAACCUCUACCAUCCAUGAACACAAAGAAAAGGAGACAUCAAUAGCGGAAGCAAAGGAGAGGGAGGAGCCGCAGCAACCUGUUGGCGCGCCCCCACGCAAGUCUUCUCAGGGUUAUCCGUUACCUAUUGUUGAAAUUGUGAAUCGCCGAGAUUCCAUUAAGGGUGAAGAUUCUGAAAAUCUACCACCCACUGAGAAUGGAGACCCUAUGGACAUCGACAAGAAGCCCGAAGUCGAGUCAACCACUAAGACUGACAAGCUUACGACUAUCAUCCCUGCACCGACAGCUCCGGGGGGUCAGUCGACGACAUCUGCAAACACAACAUCGAACCUUGAAACUCCUCAAGCUCCGUCAGCCAAUGCAGUACCCCUUCCAACUGCGCCGGGCGAGAUUAAGACGAUUGAAAACCAACAACCCACCCCUCAUCCUGAGGUUCCCAGCCAAGCGCCUGCAGAUGCUGAAACACCAAAUAUUCCGGAAGGCCCGCAAAUCAUCGAGCACACAGGACGCAACUUGACGAUCCUGGAGAACUUUGAUGAUCGAACGGCGCACAGCAAGAAGUUCAGUAUGUAUUUCAACGCUAGAAAACCACCUCGAUUGUCCAAAAUCUCGUCAUCAUUAUGUGUCAUCACUUCACUACCAUCUCGCUAUCGUGAUCCUGAGACGUCUCUCCCAUACGCAAACUCAUAUGCAUAUGGGCAAAUCCGGCGGCUAGAAUCGCAAGAUUACACCUGGAGUGGCAUGCUAGGCUGCUUUGUUGGGCCUGCAGAGACUGCAGCCAAAGGUGUUCCUGCUCGAUUUCUGGGCGGAGAGAAAAACGCUGAGGAAAAGGAAGAGGAGGCUAAGGAGAAGGCUAAAGCUGAGGCUGAGGCUAAAGAGAGAGCCAAAGAAGAGGCAAAGGCAAAAGAAGCUCCAAAGGAGCCGAUUGUCAUAGAACAGACAGAUCCAGCCAAAAAUGCCACUCCUGCGGCAGCCACUGAAACGGUGAUUCCCAAAACUGAGCCUAUGGAAGUGGAUGGAUGA